AUGUCUAGAAGAGAAAGAGCUGGACUUAGUUCUUCAAGGUCCUCUGCUUCUGGAGGACCGUCUGUAAAAACUAAAUCUUCAAGAACUAGCCAGAGUUCUUCAAGACAUUCUUCUAAAAUAAGACAUGAACGAGCGAGAUCACGCUUUUCAAUUUAUGAUAGUUAUUACACUGCAAUAAUUUAUUUCGGUUUAGUGAUAGCAAGAGUUAAUGCUGCUUUAUAUUCCAACAUAUCUGAUAGUAAUGAAGUUUAUAAUUAUUGGGAACCAACUCAUUAUCUGCAAUAUGGUUAUGGAAUGCAAACAUGGGAAUAUUCACCAAAAUAUGCCAUUAGAAGUUGGUCUUAUAUAAAAUUUCACUUAUCUAUUGCAAAAUUCUUUGGAUAUUUAUUUAAUAAUGAUAAGAUCAAAAUUUUUUAUGCAAUGAGACUAUUAUUUGCCUCCAUAUGUUUAAUUUCUGAAUUUUUAUUUUAUCGUAUUGCUAAAAAUCAUCUUGGUACUCGCGUUGGACGUAAUAUCUUACUGAUCUCUUUGCUAAGUGUAGGAAUGUGGAAUGCAUCGACAGCUUAUCUUCCAUCUACUUUUGCAAUGUACACAACUAUGAUAGCAUAUUCUUAUGCUCUUAAACCCAUUUCAUCAUCUUCUGGCCGUAGAAUUUACCAUUCUAUUUUUUGGACCGGUUUUGGAUCACUCUUAGCUUGGCCUUUUAGUGCUGCUAUCGGAAUAAUUCCAGCAAUAGAGGAAAUUUUGAUUCGUACCAAUUCAUUUAAAGAUAGAUUAGAUCGUUUAACCCGUAUAAUUGUUAGCGUCAUUGUUACUUUGACUUGUUUAGCAAAGCUUACCAUAGUUCCAUGGAAUACUAUUUAUUACAAUACUUUUGAUGAUAAAGAUCGUGGACCCAGCCUAUAUGGAACAGAGCCCUGGCAUUAUUAUUUCGUUAAUGGAUUUUCGAAUUUUAAUUUAAUUUUCUUGGUGGCUAUUAUAAGUUUGCCCGGGUUGAUCAUAACUAUCCUUGUUGAUCCUAAUCGUGUUUGUUCAACAUCCCCAACAUCUAGUCCAAUUCACGCUUAUCUUUUCUUGUUUUUUAGACUUGCUCCUCUUUAUUUGUGGCUUUUUUUGUUGUCACUAAGACCUCAUAAAGAAGAACGGUUUUUAUACGUGAUCUAUCCAUUAAUAUGUCUUAAUGGUUCUGUGUCGAUUUUUUUGGUUAGAGGAUGGAUUGAUCGUUUGAUAAUAUACAUGUCCAAUGAUGUAACACGUACUCGGAAUAAAAUUUUGAAUAUAUUGACAACAUGUUUUCUUGUUGCAUACGGUGUCAUGUCAAUAUCAAGAAUUUAUACCUUAUACUCAAGUUAUAGAGCACCUAUGGAAAUUUAUAAGCAUUUGUAUUAUAAUGAAAUUCCUAAUAAUGAGAAUUACAAUCAUCAUCAUCAAGAAAUCAAUCUUUGCUUAGGAAAAGAAUGGCAUAGAUUUCCAAGUCAUUAUUUCUUACCGGAUAAUGUUAGAUUAAGAUUUUUGAAAUCAGAUUUUGAUGGACAAUUACCAAAAUAUUUUUUGGAAAGUUAUCAUGUUGACGAUAAUGGUACUACCAGAUACGAUAAAUCUCGUGAUGGUACAUGGAAGAUUCAAGAAGGCUUUAAUGAUAGGAAUCUUGAAGAAACAGAUCGUUAUGUUCCUAUACAAACAUGUGAUUAUAUAAUUGAUCGAAUUGGUGAAAAUGAAUCAAAUUAUGCCGAGAAAACUGAUGAAUGGAAUAAAGUGAUAUGCAGACCUUUUUUCGAUUUUAAAAAUCCAAAUAAAAUCGCUAGAUCAUCCUAUAUUCUUUCAUUUUUAUCGAAAAAACUAGAAGCAAUUCUAAACCGUGUUGUCCCUGGUAGGGCAACUGGACAAGACGCAAUUAAUGAUUUUGGUAAUUUGAAAUGGGAUGAAUAUUGUUUAUUAAAGAAGAUACCUGGAGGUGGUUAG